GAAAAACCGCCCGGUUGGGGACACACUUGGUCUCUCUUCACCGAGAAUCCUGAAAUUCCAAAAAAAAAAAAAUUAAAUUUUGAAAAUCAGUCAUGUGGUCCUCUGCUUUCUUAUUGGUCGUGUUGGUGAUGCUCGCUUUCGUACAGGGUUUACCCAAAGAGAUUAACCAGUAUAGAACUAAGAAUUUAGAGCCCAUUCAUAGCCCGAACCAAAAACUUCUAUCCUUACUACGACAAUACGAAUACGGCAACAACCGGCACGAUCGAGCUAUAGACUCUAUAGGCGGAGGCGGAUUACUGCAAUCCAGAACAAUCGACAAUAUUGGCGGAGGAGGCAUGUUGGCUUCCAGAGGUUUACUUGGAAAUUGGUUCCAGGAAGUGGAUCCUAUUAAUGGUGGAGGUGGAAUGUUAGCAGAUAGAGCCGUAGAUCCCAUUAAUGGAGGAGGAGCACUUAGAAGAGCCAUAGAUUCCAUUGGUGGAGGUGGAAUGUUAGCAGAUAGAGCUAUAGAUCCUAUCAGUGGAGGCGGAGCACUUAGGAGAGCGAUAGAUUCCAUUGGUGGAGGUGGAAUGUUAUCAGCAAGAGCUUUAGACUCUAUUGGUGGUAGUGGAAUUUUAUCUGCUAGAGCCUUGGAUCCUAUUAACGGAGGUGGAAUAUUAUCGGCGAGAGCCCUCGAUUCCAUUGGUGGGGGUGGUAUUUUAGCUUCCAGAGCUCUGGAUAAAAUCGGAGGUGGGAGUUUAUUAAGUAACAGAGCUAUCGAUAGUAUUGGGGGUGGUGGUAUGUUGAAGAGGGCCAUCGAUAGGAUCGGAGGUGCUGGACUUUUACAAGAAAAGAAAUGAUGAUGAUGAUUUAAUUGAUUGUUUUCUGUUUUUUCGUUUUGGGUUUAUGAAAUAAAUAUUUCAAGGUAAAAA